ACUGACUGUCAAUUCGCACCACUGUUGUUGCAGCCAUUUUAAUCUACACUUCAGUUGUAACUACACCGACUGAUGCUUGCUUAGGACCGUAGCAAGGGCGAAGAGUAAUACUGACUUCAGGAGCUCUCAAUGGUUUCACCUGAAGGCAGAUGUCAUGAAUUACACAGAGCCGGUUGUGGAGAAGGCCGUCAACUCCUGGUCCAGAAUAGCCUCAGCGGGACAGACGGUCCUUUUCGAGGCAUUACAGAUCCUCAACCCGAUGUCGAAAGAUCUGUCAGACACCGAGGAACUGGUAUCCUUUCUGCAAGGACUUAAGGAAGAGGGCCAUAAGCCCAAAGUGCUACGAAGCAAAGAUGUGUACGGUUACAGGUCAUGUACAGCAAAAACCCUCCCGGAAGACAUGUGCUCUAUGGACGUAGCCAGCAAGGGGCCAAGGCCAGGCAAGAAGAGGGGACGGAAGAGUAAGAAGAAAAAGAAAAAAAAGGAGUGUAACAAUUACGCAUCGUGGAGUAGUGCAAGUGCAUCAGAAUCUCACAAGAGAUCUGUCUUUUCCAGACCUCCGAUUCUGACUAUACAUCCUGCCCUGGUGCAGCAGCAGUACCUGAAACUAACGAACAUUACAGGUUUAAUGAGAGGUCACACUGCGAGAAUGCAGAUUCACUCUCAACCUCCAACACUUUCAGGAAUACCGUUACUGCCAUCGCCGAACACGGGUAGAACACCUAAAGCGGUGGCCAUGGUUGGUCAAAGGUACCAUGCCUCCUGUCCGGAAUGGAACAGAGCCCUUAUCGGAGAUUCUGCCCCCGUGAUCUAUCAGAACGGCCGAGGAGUUUACAACUACAAGACUGAUGUGUCAAACCACAGACGGUCCUGGACGGACGACCAAUCUCUGUGGAUGAUGAACCGCCAGGAGGAGUGUCGGCUGGACGAGAACAGUUUGAGGUGGAAGGUGAUCAAAGUGGACGAUUGCGUCACGGUUGAGGAACUGAGGAGGAAGGCCCAGAGGAUCUUGCAGGUGAACCUGUCCCCUGUGAUACAGAUACGCCCGCUGUAUGAAACUCUAGCUGAAUACCAGCGUGAACGAUAUCUCCAGUAACUUCUUGGUUUAGCCUAGCUAGCCUAGGGUCCAUUUUGCAACGAGGCUUAGCGAAGUCCACAGAGGUCUUUCUUUACUGUUGAAGCCAGAGGAAAAAAAAACAUCAGGACGGCGUCAUCUGACGACAGUAAAGUACGUUCCUUGAGCAGUGACGGGGGUAUGAUGUCACGACUACCGCGUCAACAAGACUGAAGGGCCUAACGUCGAUCAGAAGUUAUACACGGUGCUGAUGUCAGACACUCAAGCAUAGACAUUGCUGGUCAGAAUGUAAAUUUGUAUUUUUAAUUUUUGUUUUGUUUUAACCAGCUUCUGUUUUGUACACUUCUGUUUUGUACACUCCUGUUUUGUACACUUGAGGAUGGACUGAUAGACUUGGUAAGCAGUGUCACGGCACACUGUAGGAUACAUUUUUGGUUUGUUGCAAGAUUUAUUUUUUUUAGGUACAGUCUACAUGACACAUUUUAAAACAAUUUGGUCCCCUGAAAUUGUUGUAAAUGGGCAAGCUUGUUUUUAGGGUUAUUGUUUUACAGCCUGAUUUACAGCCUGGUCUUCCUGUGGUUGGCCUACUGAGUCAUUAUCCCUUUAAUCUACUUUUGUGUUUCCCCUUUCAUAGAGUUUGAACUUUCGACAGCCUCAAAAUGUUUGCUGAAUGUAAGCACUUAAAUUGUAACAAUUCCAUUUGCAGGGCAGAGCUAAAAUGGCCUUAUUCUUUUCAGUAAACCUAACCCUUUUUGUAGUGACUGAUUUUUAUUUUCUCUGAGUAAAGAAUUUGAAACCACCCUA